CAGGCGUCGCUGCGCGUGACGUUGCUGUCGUUCGACCGACAGAGAGCUUCGCAUUUUUCUGUUUCAGAUGAUAUUUUGAGCGUUACUCUGGUGAUCAAACAUGGGGAAAUCGUUCGCCAAUUUCAUGUGCAAGAAGGAUUUUCAUCCUGCAUCCAAAUCCAACAUAAAAAAGGUAUGGAUCGCAGAGCAGAAAUUAACCUUCGAGAAGAAGAAGCAGGAGGACUUGAUGAAUGCAUACCUCAAGGAGCAAGACACUUACAACAACAGGGUGCUGAUGGGUGAUGAUCGUGUGAAGAGUGGCCUUAAUUUCAUGUAUGAAGCCCCUCCGGGUGCAUCAAAGGAAGAGACUAAAGAGAAAGAGGGAGAAGAAUCCGAGUACAAGUUUGAGUGGCAGAAAGGAGCUCCUCGUGAGAUGUAUGCGAAAGAUGACAUGAAUAUUCGUGAUCAGCCUUUUGGAAUUCAGGUGAGGAAUGUGAGGUGCAUUAAGUGUCAUAAAUGGGGUCAUGUGAACACCGAUCGUGAGUGUCCUCUCUUUGGCUUGUCGGGAAUUAAUGCCAGCUCUAUGCCCAGCGAUGAGGCAGGUCCGUCAAUGCACCCCUCCGAGUUAAUGGCAGAGAUGCGAAGCAGUGGCUUUGCUCUGAAGAAAUGUGUUCUUGGGAGGGACGCCACCAUGCGUGAUCCAGCACAGGAGUUUUUGGGCAGUGAGGAAGAGGAGGAUCCUGAAGUGGAGUUCCUGAAAUCUCUAUCUACUAAACAGAAGCAGAAAUUGCUAAGAAAACUUGAUCGUCUUGAGAAGAAGAAAGAGAAGAAAAAGAAGAGUAAAAAGGAAAAGAAGAAGAACAAAAAGAAGCAGAAGAAGCAAGCCAAGAGUGACACAUCAUCCAGCAGCUCUUCAGAUGACAGCGGCAGUGACUCUGAGCAGGAGGAACGGUCUGGGAAGAAAGCCAGAAAAAAAAGCAAGAGAAAGGACUCUUCCAGUGAUAGCGGCUCUGAAAGAGAGCACCGGGAACACGAACACUCACACAGUGGGUCUAAACAACGCUCUCCAGCACGUAAUGAACGGGCCCACAGAGGAGAGGAGGUUCACAGAUCAUCAGAGGACAAGGACAGGAGGAGACGGGACGACAGAGAGAGAAGCAGGGAGCAGAGAGAGAGGAGUAAAGACAGAAACAUAAGUGGAAAGAGAGGGAGAGAGGAACGAUAUGGGAGCAAAGAGAGAGGGAAAGAUAAACGAGAUGGGAGCAGAGAGAGAAGGAAGGAGGAACGAGACCGGAGCGAAGAGAGAGGGAGCAGAGAGAGAAGGAGAGGGGAACGAGACCGGAGCGAAGAGAGAGGGAGAGAUAAACGAGAUGGGAGCAGAGGGAGAAGGAGAGAGGAACGAGAGGGGAGCAGAGAGAAAAGGAGGGAGGAACGAGACCGGAGCGAAGAGAGAGAUAAACGAGAUGGGAGCAGAGAGAGGAGGAGGGAGGAACGAGACCGGAGCAGAAGCCCUCAGAGAUACAAGACAUUCAGUGGGAAGGAGAGACACAGGAGCAGAAGUGGAGAAAGACCCAGUGGUAGAGGCAUAGAAAGAAGGAGUGUCAGUCGGGAGCGGAGACGGGAUGGAGAAAAACUGAGAAGUAAUAGCAGAGAUGCAGGGAGAAGAAAAGAAAAACAGUAGCCACGUAUGUAAGCUAUAUGAUACCACUGUUACUAUAAGAUUAAAGGGAAAUAUUAAGCCAUGAUUUACUUCCCCCACUGUCAUUCCAAACUCAUGUUGCCCAUCCUUUUUUUAUAAAGUGAAGCUGAAUGGGCACUCAUGCUGUCAAGCCCAAAGGCAGUGUUAUAUAAUCAGUCCAUAUGAUUUGUGCACUGUACUACAAGUUUUUUUAAACUAUGUGUGUUCUAGCUUUGUGUGCUAGCUUUAGGUAAGAAACAGAAAUUGAAGUUAAUAUUCACUGAUAAUCUUCCUCUUUGUAGGAGUUCUGUAAUUUGCGUUUUUUGUUUUUAUUAUAUUGAAAUGAUAUUGCUUCGGACACUUGAAAUAUACAAUAUAACCUUGGUCCUUAAAUGGUGGAUUUAUGAUGUUCUUUUUCGAAACUUGGUGGUAGAAAAUAAUCCACUCAUAUGAAAAAGAACAGCUCAGAAUUUUCCACAUGACAUAUUUUGUGUCAAAAAAUAAAGAACAACCAGAUGUAUAAAUGUAGGUACCUUGAAGUGCUCAGAUGUUAAAGGAGUAGUCCACUCUAUAGAUGGGGCCCAUUGACUUACCAUAGUAUUUUUUUCCUACUAUAAAAAGUCAAUGGACCCCAUCUUUAAAGUGGACUACUCCUUUAAGUGUACUACCACAAUAUCUGUUCUCCUCUUAAUUGUGCUUUUCCAGCCGUUUACAGACUGUAUUAGGACUUCACCAGAAGAGGGCGAUAAAUGAAUAUAGAAACUGCAGUAUAUAAACCAGGAAUUAAAAUGUUGAAUAUAUUUUUCAUCGUUUUUCAAGUGUUUGAAUCAUUCUGUUUUAAUGUAUUUUUUAGUCUUGGGUGCAAUACAUGUUCUUUAAUGUAAAAUGUAUUGUGUUUUUAAAUCCAUUAUAUACAGCACA